UCGGGGUCCCCGCAAAUUUCCAAGGGAGGUCGAAAAACGUCCCAACUUCACCAACGAGCAGCUUUCUCUGCUGUCGUUCUUCGGCGUGCUCACCCCCUCUCGCCCUUGCACGAGUUAUCGUCGACACAAACUCUUGGACGAUCCAGCCGGCCGGAGUCCGGCGGGCCGUAAAGAGGAGGGCAGAAAUUCAAAAGAACAAAGCUACAUUUAUACGCUCGGUCGAGCCGCUCGAUCGGGUCAGAGAUGGCCAGCAAAGCUCGCGCGUUGCAGCGGGCGUGCCGGCUCCAUCUGCGCAGGGCAAAUGGCGGGAGCAUCGCCUUUCCCACCUCCGCAACGGCGGCGGGCUUCUGGGACUUUUCACCACGCGCCUCCUGCUCCUCCUCCUCCUCCUGUCUCGUCCCUGAGAGGCGGUAUAUGUGCCUGAGCGCAGCUUCUGUUCGACCCGCGUCCUCUCCGUCGUCGUCUUCCUCCCUCCUGGACCUUUCCGGUCAUCGCACCCUGCUGCCGCCGGCGCGGCGACCGCAAUCGCAUUCGCGCCAUGCGAGCACGAGCACGAGCUCGAGCUCCUCCGGUCGGCGCGCCGUCACCGUCACCACGGACGAUGGCCGGUAUGGUUGGAACGAGCUGAGCGCGGGCGAGAAGGCCGCGCGGGGGACUCAGCAGACGUUCAAUUUCUUGCUUGUCUCGCUGGGUCUUGUCGGCACAAUCACAAUCGCCUACCUCCUCUACACGGACCUCUUCGCCCCGACCUCGUACACGGUGCAAUUCAACGCGGCGGUGUCGCGCAUCAAGGCCUCGCCCGAGUGCCGCGCCCUGCUCGGCCCGGCGUCCCAGAUCACGGCCUACGGCGAGCCCACCUCCAACAAGUGGGCGCGCGCCCGCCCGCUCGCCCACGCCACCGAGGUCGACCGCCUCGGCACCACGCACUUCCGCAUGCACUUCAACGUCGCGGGCGCCGAGAGCGGCGUGAUGGGCGUGGUCGCCGUGCACAUGACCCGGCCCCGCGAUGGCGACCGGCUCGAGUACGAGCUGCUGAGUCUGACCGUCAAGGGCCACGAGACCGUCUAUCUGGAAAACAAAGGUGCGGACAAGGGACUCAAGGGGAAGGCCGCAAAGAUGUUCGGUGUGCAGUGGCGGUAACGAUCAAGGGGGAGAUGUGGCUGGAAAAAUGCACCAUGGCAGAUAUUAACAUUUUGGACAUACGCAGUGUAUAUUUAAAAUGGUGGAAGAGUCCACGUGAAUGGUCCACAAAAAGCAUAUCAAUUCCUCCCAUGGCUCGUGGAUCUGGCUGCAGCCACAAGAUCGGUGCUCAGUACAGUCUGAGGGAUGGGCUUCGGAUCGCCCCCAUGAGAUCUAGCCAGGAAGGUCCUACCAUGGCCUUCCGUCUGAUUCGCAGCAUCAAGGUUGGUCACAACCGUCGUGCUGUAUAUCCAAACCAAACCGCUGCCACAAGCUUUACGCAGGCACUUCCUCACGCUUGAGAACCUGGAUCCUUCCACUUCCC